GACGUGAUGAUAACCAUUUCAGCUUCACUAUCUAGACAUUGAGACUAGCCGCUGGGGAUGAGGGGAUAUGAUCUGGCACACAGGCUCCUCAUUUCAACGUGUGAGAGGUGGUCAGCUCUCCCUCCUCAUGCUUCCGUCGCAAGCAAGAACGGCAUCACACUCAUUCACCGUUGACAUUCAAAAAUCUUACUUAAACCAGCCAAUCCCCUAAAACUACUUUCUUCACGUAACAACCCCCACCUAUCAAUGGCUGAUCAAACCAUCAUCCAAUCCCUCCAUCGCUGACGACACACCCACAAAGAUGAGCGGCCCCAACAGCUCUGAUGGAUUGAUGAACACCAACGUGAGCAGCGGGUUGAGCUACGGCAUCGGCCUCACCGUUGGCAUUAUCCUCCUCACCCUCACCACUAUCACCCUUGCUUCCUACUUCUGUGCCCGGACCCACUCUUCCCCACCCCACCAGCCUCAAGAGCUCCACAGGCCCCGUCAUCAGCCGCCCAUAGCUGACAAUGAAAUGGGCAUUGAUGAAGCCACCCUCUUGAGCUACCCCACACUACUAUACUCGCACGCCAAGAUCCACAACAAGGACACCACCUCUUGCUGCUCCAUCUGCCUCGCAGAUUACAAGGACAAGGAUAUGCUGCGGCUGCUGCCUGACUGCAGGCACAUCUUCCACGUUAAGUGUGUGGACACCUGGCUGCGGCUGCACCCGACAUGCCCUGUUUGCCGCACGUCGCCCCUGCCGACACCGCUCUCGACCCCUCUUGCAGAGGUUGUCCCAUUGGCAACCUGGGUAUGAAGAGGGCAUUCUCUUGGAUCAGCUUCCUUCAUGUGGAAUGUAAAAAAGAAUAGUAUCAAUACAAUUCAUGUUUAC